AUGUUGGUUAUCAUCGAUCAUAUACAGGUAAUUGCUGCCCCUACUUUGGUAACUACAGUCAUUGAAUUAUACACACGACUGCUCUUUGCCACAACUACUACUACCAUUGCUUCCUCCGUUGCUAGUAUAGUCACAUACUCUAACUUCAAUUUACAAGAUGAUAGUGCUCUGACUGAAACCACCCUUUAUUACGUUGCUACCCCAAUUCAUAGAUCUACUGAAACGGACAGAACUACCAGUAAUUUCAGCGGUAGUUCCGAAACCUAUAGCAUAGCUUACAAAACUGUAACCGAUGCUUCCGGUAAUGAAACUACACAGACCACAUACUAUGUUGCUGUUCCAACCAAUCUAUUACAUUCCACGACGACAAAUGACGGUUGGACUGGCAAUUCCGCCAUAACAUGGUCUACACAAUUUGUGACCACUACAGGUGGCGAUGGAUUAGCUACUCCGGGUACUAUUUAUUGGGUCCACACAUCGAGAGCAGCUGGUAUUACAAUCACCGGUACAUGCUCAGGCACGUUCACGACAUUCUACUCCACAAGUACUUCGUAUAGCAUUGAUAGGGAUAUUAUCGGUGUAGGUACCUCAACAUACACUACAACAUACUACUACAUCCAUAUCCCAGCAUUUAACGUGAUAACUACUACCACAACUGCUUCUGUAGAAUCAGUAACCCGUACAUAUUCCACCUCGAUCUACUCUGUUACUGCUUCUGAUGGGAACGUGACGACCAGCACCAUAUAUUACGUUGCUACCCCUACACGUAAAUCUACCGCUACCUCUAGUACUACCAGAAAUUAUAGUGGCAGUACUAGGACUUACACAACCGUUAUCAACACUUACACUGAUGCUAGUGGAAAUGCCACUACUCAAACAACAUACUAUGUUGCUGUUCCUACUAACUAUUUAAAGUCCACUACUACCAAUGAUGGUUGGACAGGUGGUGUUGCGACUACAUGGUCUACACAAUUUGUGACGACCACUGGUGUUGACGGAUCUACCACUCCAGGUACUGUUUAUUGGGUCCACACAUCGAGAGCAGCUGGUAUUACAAUCACCGGUACAUGGUCAGGCACGUUCACGCCUUUCUACUCCACUAGCUAUUCUUAUUCUACUAGUUACGUAUUAAUCGUACCUGUUGAAACAUACACUACAACAUACUACUACAUUCAUAUCCCAGCGUUUAACAGGACAACUACCACUACUUCGUAUAGCAGCUUUUCAUAUACCACAACAUAUUCUACUUCGAUAUUCUCAGUUACUGAUUCUGAUGGAAACGUGACAACAAGUACCAUUUACUACGUCGUAACAUCUCAGAGAGUAUCACAAGAAACUGAUAGAACGACUAGUAAUUUUACUGGUGCAUCACAAACUUACGAUACUAGCUUUACCACUAUUACUGAUGCAGAAGGAAAUGAAACUACGCAGACCACAUAUUAUGUUGCUGUUCCAACUAAUCUAUUACUUUCUACAACUACAAAUGACGGUUGGACUGGUAGUUUUGCCACUACAUGGUCCACAGAACACCUCAUUACAACUGGUGCGGACGGCUUAGCUACUCCUGGUACUGUCUAUUGGGUCCACACAUCGAGAGCGGCUGGUGUUACUGUUACAAGUGCUUGGACUGGUGGUUUUACUACUUUCUUUUCCACUACUGUUUCAAGUUCUACUCAAUAUAUACUUGGUUUUCCAGUUGCAUCCUACACAACGGCAUACUAUUUUCUUCAUAUUUCACACUACGGCUCAACUGUGUCCUACACUAGUUGGGGAAGUCAUUCUGAUACAAUCAUGGCAAGUACUGUACUAACAUCCUAUACGCUAGAUAAUGGCGAUGUCAGUACCAUUACAUAUUAUUACAUCGAAACACCUGUUCGCCAUAGUACCUCUAGCUAUACAAUAGAAAGUAGCUUUCGUGGUACCCUGUCUUCUACUUAUAUAUCUAUCUUCAGAACGAUCACCGAUGAUAGUGGCAAUGAAACAACUGAGACCACAUAUUUCAUUGCUAUUCCUACCGCUCUUUUUAGUACAACGACUACUGCACCAUGGUCAGGCUUUUAUACCUAUACAUACUCUAUUGGAACUGAUGUUGUUACAGGCGAUGAUGGAUUUACUUCCACAAAAACAGUCUAUCAUGUCGCUACCCCAACACCUGACGGUUAUUGGGUAACUACUUACUGGACUGGAACAUAUACGACAUAUUACCAGGAUGGUUAUACUUAUGCUUGGGGUUUCUCUUAUUUAAUUAUUUUUGGUUUCUGGCGUUAUUCAUUAUUUUACUUAGAAACUCCAUUGCGUAGAACAGGUUAUACAACAACCACAAACGCCUGGGAUUCAGAUUAUAUCUUACUCGCUAAUGUCAUAACAUCGACUAGAGGUUAUGAUGGUUAUGAGACUACUGUAACUAUUUACACAUUGUGGACUCCAGCAAGUACCCUAACUAGAACAGAAUUUAGUCAAGGUACAUUUACAGGCACCACAAGUGAUACAACUAGUACAACAACUGAGAGAAUUGGUAAUGAUCUCAGCUACUACUACGAACUUAUCUAUUAUGUCAAUUUACCAUUAAACAUAGGCGAAUUAACUACCUACACCAGCUGGGAUAGUAAGUUUGCAUCUAGUGUUUCGACUUAUUUGACUACUAGUACGAUACAGACGAUGUUACUUUACACUGUUACAGUUUAUAUUGUUGCUACUCCAUCAAUUCCUUAUUCUACAAGUUAUACUGGAUGGACAGGAUCUUUCGACAGAAUAGUAUCGACAUCGUCUUUUACUUCUUUGGGUUAUAUCGAUGACUUUUUGGCACAAUGGACAAUCACUGUUAUUAUUAUAGAAACUGCUUAUCGUAAAUCAACUUCAAGUAUAUUAACUUGGGGUUCUGUUGAUGAAGACGUUACUUACUCCACCUCGACUUAUUUGAGCACUAACGUAUUAGGACAGGAGGUGACCGAGAUCGUCUAUUAUAUUACCACUCCUAUCCGUAACGAUAUAACGACAGCAUACUUCCCAUUUUCAACUGGUACAUUUACGACUACCAUUUCUACAGUUACUACUACUGUUAAGGGUUCCGAUGGAUACUUGACAACGGAAACUAUUUACUAUUUAGCUAGGCCGAUUAAUUCACACGAAACAACUGUUUUGACUAGCUGGACCGGUACGUACAUUGAUUUUCACUCAACUAUCACAGGUUCUUCAAGCAUGACCACUUACUAUGUGAGAACACCAGGCGAUGGGUUACUUACAUCUUUUAUUCCUUUGGCUGGUGACUAUACUUCAACAAUUUUGACAACAACGACAACUAGCUAUGGUUACAAUGAAGACUACUAUGGUGGAUGGGCUUAUACUUUAUACGUGGUGCAAACUCCUGAACGUCUAACAUCUACGACUUCAUAUAACCCUUGGAUCCAAACCAACACUGAAACGUACAGUGAAGAAAUUACUACUUUUACUGGAGCUGAUGGAGAAGAAACAACAAAAACAAUCUUUUUUGUUUAUACCCCUUGGCGUAUUACUACGACUUCUACAACGACUGGUUGGCAAAAUUUUAGUAUAGAAACAUAUACUACUGCUAGGUUACUACUACUGGAGAUGAUGGCCUUGAAUCUACAAUCAUUGUCUAUAUGGUUGCAACACCUCAACCAACGUUACCAGCACUCGUAUUCUGCUUCGACACUUUCAGAAACAACCACAUGGUCUGUAACUAUUCUCACUUCUGUGAAUAGCGCCGGAUUUACUUACACUGAAACCAUUUAUUUUGUGAAUACCCCAAUCAGAGAAUCAUUCAUGACAACAUAUGAACCUGUUAGUUCAAUAGAUUACACUUCUACAUUAUCAACCGUAACAAGUACUUAUACAGCUAGUAAUGGGGAAGAAACUACUGAGUACACAUAUUUUGUCGUCACACCAAUCUUCAACAGUUCGUCGACUAAAUACACAUUAUGGGAUGCUGAUGAAACUUACACAUAUUCUACUCUGAUUACCACUAUCACCAAAGACGGCAAUGCCACUACUGAAACGAUAUAUUAUGUUUAUACACCAAAGCUUGUAUUUAUUAGCACUAGCUUUACCUAUGGCAUUGGUCCAACUGAAACUUUAUCAACAGCUUUUACGACAAUUACUGAUUUAGAAGGGAAUGUUACUACUGGUACGGUUUAUUUUGUACAAACGCCAAUUAGAUUAUCAACUUCGAGCACUUAUGUUUCUUGGUCUAUUGAAUCACUCUCAACUUCAAUACAAACAGUCACUUUAACUGAUGAAGAUGGAGAUGAAAUUACAGAAACUAUCUAUUAUGUGUAUGGUCCAGAAUACAACUUGACAUCUACAACUUUCAUUACAGCAUCAUUUGAAGAUGGUGAAACUUUGUCGACAAUUUCGUCCGCAUAUUAUGGCAGUGACGGGUUCUUAACUAAUGCAGUGAUUUAUCUUGUUAACGUCAUAGAUCGAGAAACAACUUCUGAAUAUCAAGAAACCUUCACUGAAGAAACGUCUAGUGAAGAAACUUCCAGUGAACAUUCUUCUGCCGCUGAAUCCUCUGGCGAACACUCUUCUGCCACUGAAUCCUCCGGUGAACAUGCUUCAAGUGUCGAAUUCUCUGGCGAACAAUCUUCAACUGUUGAAUCCUCCAGUGAACACUCUUCUGCCACUGAAUCCUCUGGUGAACAAUCUUCCGCUAAGUUUUCUGCUUCCGAUCAUUCUGUUAACGAUAUUUUUCGUACGUCAGAUGUUCCAAAUUCAACUGACACCAUCUCUCAGGAUACUAAUUCCAAUGAAUCGACUACAACGAACUUACAAACAAGUCAAUAUACUGAAAAUUCCUCAGAAAUAUCAUCUGAAACCUCAUCUGAAGCCUCACUAACCACCUCCACGUACACCUCGUCUGACUCCGAAGGCAAUGUCACCACUGGCACCACCACCUUCCCAGUCGAGUCGCCCUUGUCGUCACAUAAUUCUAUGUCUGGUAGUGGUAUUAGUACACUAAGUACAUCUAUUUCGUUAGUUGCUUCGACAAAGACUGAUGUAGCAUCGACUUGGACUAAUAUAAGCUCGGAGAGCUCUUUGUUAACUGGAUCCACUUCUAUUGAAGUUUCUUCAAGCAAAUCAUUGUAUAUGUCUGUCAUCGUGUCAUCAGAGGCAACCUACUAUAGCAAAUCUUCCUAUGGUCAUUCAACACCUUCUGACGGUACUAUUUCAACCUCAAUUACCAGCUCAUCAAGCAGCAGUCCAACAGUUAGUGCUUCAUCUAGCCAUUACGAGUCGUGUGUAGCUUACACAAGUGGAACUACCAUUAAUGGCAGUGUAUUUGAUGCAACUUCCAAGGUCAGAGGGUCUACUUCAUCAAGUGCUCAAAUGUCCAAAUCGACUACUGUUGUUUCUUUUACGAGCUCUACAUAUCCAACCGAAAGUCAUGCCUCAACAGUUGCUACCUCUGCGGGCAGUGAGAUAUCGGUUUCGUCAUCAAAAAUAUCUACCAAUGAUAGUAAUCAAACUUCAUCCACUCAAACCGUUGCUAUACAAAGUUCAAGUAAGGUAACUACUACAAUAAGUGGUUCCAAUACUGCGUACACUUCAAGUAUUCCGGCAUUGUCAACCUCUUCAGACACACACAGUCUAACUACUGUUACAGAAACUGUUAGCGGUACAGUAACCACAUACACUACAUAUUGUCCUGAAUCGAGCGAUGAUAAUGUUUCCAAGACUGAAACUGUGUCUAGAACUGUUUCUAAUAACGGAGUCGAAUCCAACUCCAAUAGUAACCCAAGCGUCGGCUGUUCUACUAGCCCAGUGAACUCUGACAGUGCCUCUGUCAGUAUUCCUGCUCCAACUACUGUUGCUAAUGCUGAUUCUAACAACUCAGCUGAUUCUAACACUGUAUCUCAAUCGCCAAACUUAGAGAGUGAUAACACGUCUUCUGUUUUACCAGCUACUAAUUCAGGCUCUUCAUCCCUACCAACUGCUUCUGUGUCGUUCGAGGGUGCGGGUUCCAACGUUAGAACUUACAGCUCGUCAAUGUUCGCCUUUGUUGGUUUAAUUGUAAUGGCAGUCAUUGCUUAG